AUGGCGGCGGUGCUGCGGCGCGGGCUCCGGGCGGCCACGCUCCUCGCCGGGACCCCGCGGAGGGCGGCGGCGGCGGCGUGGCCCGGGGACUCGGAGCCGCCGGACCCGGCGCUGGAGGAGGCCGAGAGGGCACGGCGGCGGCGGGCGGCGGCGCGGCUGCAGCGGCUGCGGCGGGAGCUGUGCGGGGAGCGCGGCCCCCCCGAGCGCACCCUGACCUGGCAGGCGAUGGAGCAGAUGCGGUUCCUGCGGCAGGAGCUGCCCGAGGAGUGGCCUGUGGAGCGCCUGGCCCGAGGCUUCGGCGUCAGCCCCGACGUGGUGCGGCGGGUGCUGCGGAGCCGGGGCUGCCCCCCGCCGCGCCGCCGCCAGCGGCAGGACGAGAAGGUUCUGGGCACCACCGUGACACCGGCACCGGGACCGGGCUCUGUCCGCGCGGUGCGCGCUCCCGACAGCCCAGGGCUGUCCCGGCUGCCUCGGGGGCGGGACGGGACGGGGCAAUAAAUGGAUGGAGCGGA